GUCAGACACACAACUAUCCUCUUUAGAGGAUUCUCUUCAGUCUCAGUAUUCAGCUUCAUCAUGGCUGGACGCCUGUUGUUUGUCGUCCUAAUGUGUUCCUUUCAUGAGAUUCAAGUUCAAGCUCUUCUUCCACCUAAACUGACAGUGACUCCACCGGUGAUCACAGAGACAGACUCAGUCACAUUGAACUGUCAGACUCCAUCAUCUGUUCCUGUGUCUCAGUGUUAUUUCUACACUGUGAGUGGAGGAACCAACGUCUUCUCUUGUCUGAAGACACUGACAGGGACUGAGCUGCUGUUGAUGGCUCAUCAGAGUUCACCUGCUGUGGUUGAACUGAAAUGUUUUUACGGUGUAAAGUCUGGAGGUUUAGAUUCUCCAUCUCCACACAGUGACACAUCCUCCAUCACUGUAAACACUCUUCCUCCAGCUAAACUGACAGUGAAUCCACCGGUGAUCACAGAGACAGACUCAGUCACAUUGAACUGUCAGACUCCAUCAUCUGUUUCUGUGUCUCAGUGUUAUUUCUACACUGUGAGGGAAGAAACCAAAGUCUUCCCCUGUGUGAAGACACUGACAGGGACUGAGCUGCUGUUGAUGGCUCAUCAGAGUUCACCUGCUGAGGUUGAACUGAAAUGUUUUUACAGUGUAAAGUCUGGAGCUUUAGAUUCUCCAUCUCCACACAGUGACACAUCCUCCAUCACUGUAAACAGUGUUAUUAACAGAGAGAACAAAAUGAAGAGAGACGAUGAUUCAACAACUUCCUUUCCCAGUCAAAAACCACAGAUGAGUGUUCAACAUGAUGGUGACUACGUUGACUUCACUUGUUCACUGCCUGGAUCUGCUGAUAGUGAGACAAGAUGUAAUCUUUACUUUGGAGAAACCAGUCGUCCAGUCCAAACUACAACCAUCAGGAAGACAAAGAGCUCAACUAAUCAGUGGUUCUGUCAGUUCUAUGUCACAAUAGAUGAUUUCCUGAGACAUCUAUGUUUCGUUCAACAAAAGGAAGCCAGUUGUGAUUACAGUUUGGGAAGUGAACACAACUCUUUGUCUCCUCGUAGUGAUGGAUACAACUUGACUGAUAUUGUGGAAAAAGAAUCACCACCCAUUGCCUGCACAACAUCAUCAUCCACUGUGACCACAGGUGUGACUGUAAACAGACCUCACUCUUCCACUCCUGUAACUCCUGUGAAACCACCAUCAGGUCCAAAUCCAUCAUCUGUUAUUGUAAACACUGUGGAACCAGAGUCUCCUACAACGCAGACUAUGUCGACAUUUACCACAACCACAUUUUAUUCAGCUGCUGGUAUAACACAUGACACUGGUGGAACUGCCCCUACUUUCCUAACAUCAGUGGAUCCAGUAACAGGUAGUUUGACCUCUGCUGACACAACUUGUAUGAAUCCAACAUCUGGUGAUGAAACAACAGGUCUGACUGUUGGUGCACCAAGGAAAGAUGAGGAACAUUUUAUUUCUAUUUCCCAAACACCAGAGAAACCAGCAUCAGAAAUGGGGAUAUGGAUGUUUGUGAUAGUUGGUGUUGGUGUGGCUGUGGGUGUCAUCUCACUGGGACUGGCACUUCUCUGCAUCAGAAGAAGAAGUGCGAGGCGCUCUGACAAGAGGGCACAAGCCAGCGACACUGGUGACUCAAUGUGCAAGAGAAAUCUUGACUGUGGAGGACCGGUACCUGCAGGUGAUGAUGAAACCUACAGUGUGAUCACCUCAGUACCUGGUGCAACUGUUUAUACAGAUGGCUUACUUGCAGAUUCUGAGAAGCUGAACAGACGAGAACCUCAAAAUGAUUAUUCUGACAUUUACCAUCUGUACUGCACCAUCUCCGAGGAGCCCACUGCAUUAGCCCUGAGGGAUAUGGUGUAUAGCUCUGUGCAGCCACACUGAAGUCUGAGGAACAGACUGACCAAAGAAAUGUUUUAAAACCAUGUGUUGUGUUAAACCUUGUAUCUUUUAUCUUGUGUACUGUAUUUAUGAUGUAAUAGGGAUGGAUUUAAAAAAUGUUGUUGUUUCUUGCAAAAUGUUUGAUACAGGAAAUCGAGGGUGAAAGUUCAUUUCAAGAUUUUUUAUUGUAAACUAUUUGUAAUCAAGUAUGUUUUAUCUUCUGGAAAUAUGCACCAUAAAUAACACAUGUACAUCAGAAAUACGUGCUACAUGAGGUUAUAUUAUAACCUAUGUUCACUGAGAGAGGACAAUCAGGUAAUACACAUCAAUACUGUACAAUACAAUACAUAUUUCAUGCUUUGUAUUACUCUUACUUUCUAUCAUCAGUAGCCACUUAUAAACACGAUUUUGACUUGAUUUCAUUUUAUUUUAACCUUGAAUGAAUUUCAAUGAUGUACUUCAGUCAUUUGCCAUUAGGCAUGCAGUAAUUGUUAGGAAGAGACACUUUGUGCGGCAAUAAUAUGCAAUAUUUUUCCUUCAAAAGGCAGCAAAGGGGCUCUGUAGUAUUCUUAUUUAUGGGCGUAGUUUAUGUUGUUAGAACUUGACUACUCUGCUUCAUUUUCUGCAUCAAAUGUCUGCUUCCAUAUGUACUCCUAUUUAACUUUGUGUAUAAUAAAAUAAUAAAAUAAUAAAAUGUAUCUGAACCCACAU